AUGGCCGAGUCAACGACCUCCCCAUUGACCGACUCCGGAGAAACCGACAGAGGACAUGGCCAUUGCCAAGAUGAAGCAGAACUCCAAUACGUUGAGACGGACCUCUUCAUCAUCGGGGCAGGUCCAGCAGGAGCAGCACUUGCCUGCUUCCUGGCUCAGCAUGAUCUGAAAGGCAUCAUGCUGGCGGCAACGCCAAGCACAGCAGACACACCGAGAGCCCACAUCACCAACAUGGCCGCUCUCGAAUGUUUGCGAGAUAUCGGCCUAGAAGAGGAGUGCGUUCGAGUUGCUGUGAAGGGCGAUUGCAUGCAACAUACAAGGUGGUGCUGGAGUAUGGCAGGUGAGGAAUACGCGCGGAUGUAUUCUUGGGGGAACGAUCCCGCGAGGGCAGGCGAUUAUGAUGCUGCAAGUCCUUGCAGCCACGUCGAUAUCCCGCAAACCGUUCUCGAACCUAUUCUUGUUCACCAUGCGACUCACAAUGGCUUCUCUUGCCGCUUCGAUACGACUUUCCUCUCCUUCGAGCGCAAACCCAAUGGUACGAUUCUUAGCAAGGUGCGGGAUAAUCUCACAAAACAUAUAUAUGAGAUACGGUCAAAAUACUUGUUCGGUUGUGAUGGAGCUCGAAGCCAGGUGUUGCGUCAAUUGCAGAUACCUUUGGUCAAGAAACCCGGCCAAGGUCUGGCUACGAAUGUUUUGGUCAAGGUUGAUCUGGAGCAUGUUGUUGAGAAUCGAAUGGGGAAUUUGCAUUGGGUGAUGCAGCCAGAUGUAGAGCGUCCAGCAUUUGGAUGGACGGCCAUUGUUAGGAUGGUGAAGCCAUGGAACGAGUGGAUGUUUAUUUUAUUCCCUGCGCCAGGGGCGGGAGUUGACUUUUCUCCGUCCCACGAAGAGUAUAUUGAUUGCGUCAAGACAAUGGUAGGAGAUGAUUCAAUACCUCUUGAGAUUCUCGGAAUCUCGAAAUGGUUCAUCAACGAGACUGUAGCAGAAUAUUAUUCGGAUGACAACAUUUUCUGCCUCGGAGAUGCUGUUCACCGCCACCCUCCCCUCAACGGCCUAGGAUCUAACACCUGCGUGCAAGAUGCCUACAACCUAGCAUGGAAGAUUGCCUACGUGACCAAAGGCAAAGCUAACCCAAGUCUGCUCGACUCAUACAGUCUCGAACGGCAACCUGUGGGAGAAUCAGUGAUCACGCGUGCCAACCAAGGCCUUCGAGACCACUUCCCAGUCUGGGAAGCUUUAGGAAUGAUAGAUCCAUCGCUUGAUAUUCGCAAGAAGCAUUUCGCCGAACUAGGAGAAGCCACACCCGCGGGCAUUGAGCGGAGACGGAGGUUUCAAGCAGCGAUCAAAGGAACGGCGCGCGAGUUUCACGGUGUGGGCAUAGAGAUGAACCAGCGGUAUGAAUCGAAAGCAAUUUAUCUCGAAGACGAAAGUCCAAGGCCCCCUCUUCCUGAAGAUCCGGUUCUUGAGCAUGAAAUUACCACAUAUCCGGGAAGCCGAUUGCCUCAUGCAUGGUUAAAUACACGGCUACCCGCAAAGCAGAUCUCGACUAUUGAUCUAGCCGGACACUGCACCUUCUCUUUGUUUACCGGCAUUGGCGGCGAGUCAUGGAAGGCAGCUGCUGCCAGCGUUGCCAGUGUUUUGGGAAUCGAGAUUAGGGUUUACUCUAUUGGAUGGGGGCAAGACUACGAGGAUGUCUAUUUUGACUGGGCGCAGAGGAGAGAGGUGGGUGAGGAUGGCUGUGUGCUGGUUAGACCUGAUAGGUUCGUCGCGUGGAGAUCUCAAGGGAACCUCGCUCAGCCGGAAGCCAAACUGCUUCAUGUGUUAAAGGUAAUUCUGGAUGGGUAG